AUGUAUACUCAGAUUUUUAAAGAAAUUCUUUUGGAAACAAAAUAUGAUGAAAAAUCCUUACAUGACUUCGUUACUUUCUGUCAAAGUAACAAUUGCGGGUCUCCAGUCAAUAUCGAUUUAUUUAAAAAAGAAUACCGCGAUAAAUCAGCAGUGUGGUGGUAUACUCGUCCGUCAUUCAUCUAUUCGAUGCUCAAUGAUGCUCUUCGCACAUUACAAGUCGACGUUAUUAUUAAAAUGGGCUUCUAUAUCUCUCAAUUACACCAAGAAAUCCAGCAGCUGCAUCAAAAGCAGUUUUUAACUGAUAAUCCGAAGUCCUUGAUGGUGUACCGAGGACAAGCUCUGCGGGAAAAAGACGUUGAAAAACUCCUGGAAACAAGAAGCGGAUUGUUAUCUUUUAACAACUUCUUAUCCACAAGUACAGAUGAUGUAGUUGCUCGCGGGUAUGCACAAUUAAACUCAGAAAUACCUGGCAAGAUCGGUGUACUAUUCAAAAUGUUCAUUAAUCCAUCGGUUUCCUCGACCCCGUUUGCUAACAUCACUCAAGUCAGUUAUUGCGAGGAAGAAAACGAAGUUCUCUUUUCAAUGCAUACCGUAUUUCGUAUUAUCAACAUUGAGCCAAUAGAUGAUAAUGGUCGACUUUACCAAGUAGAUCUUCAAUUGACUGCUGAUGAUGAUGAAGAACUUCGUAUACUCACCAAUCAUAUAGCAAAUCAGAUUGGAGGUGACACAGGAUGGGACCGAUUGGCUAACUUUUUGCUUCGAAUAAAUUACUUGGACAAGGCCGAAGAACUUUACAACACACUACUCGAACAGGCGUCUAACGACUCUGACAGAGUGCAAUAUUAUAACCAAUUUUUUAAUAUCAAAUAUGAUCAAAGUGAUUUUGAGGCAGCUGCUUCCUAUCUUGAAAAAAUUGUUAAAAUCCAGAAGAAAACGCUUCCUGCAAACGAUCCUUUCUUGUCUACUUCUCACAACAACAGUGGUUUCAUUUCUUGCAAAACAGGAGAGUGUGCUAGAUCGCUUAUAUUUUACGACAAGUCAUCUGAAAUUGACGAAAAAGCGUUGCCUGUGCAUCAUGAUUCGUUCGCAUCCAACUUUCACAACAUAACUACAGCUGAUGAAAGCAUAAGAACAUCAUCGGACGCAUCUUUUUACGUGAAAGCACUUGAAAUGUAUGAAAGAACUCUUGCACCGGAUCAGCCUUCCUUGUCCGUUUCCCCCAACAACAUCGCUGGGAUAUUUGAAGACAUGACGAUAGAUUCAAGAGUACUCGCAUUUAACGAAAAGCUACUGGAAAUUCGACUAAAAUCUCUUCCUCCAAAUCAUCCGGAUCUAGCUUUGUCUUACUAUAACAUAGCCAAAAUGUAUCACGACAGAGGUGAACAUUCAAAAGCACUGUGCUCUUACCAACAAUCGUUCGAAAUAUUCGAAAAAAAUCUUCCUGCUAGUCAUCCUUAUUUGGGUAUUGUCUGCGAUCACAUCGCUGUGGCGUAUCAUAACAUGGCAGAGUACUCUAAAGCACUUCCGUUUUACGAAAAAGCACUUAGAAUUUUUCAAAGAGCCCUUCCUCCAAGUCAUCCUGAUUUGGCUAUUGCCUACCAUAAAAUUGCUUCACUGCACUAUGACAUCAAAGAAUAUCCAAAAGUACUUUUGUUUUACGAAAAAGCGCUAGCAAUUGGUCAAGAAACUCCGCUUCCAAACGACCAUGAUUUGGCUACUUUCUACUAUAAUGUCGGUGCGACUCAUGUCCAAAUGGGAGAGGACUCCAAAGCACUUCCGUUUUAUGAAAAAGCAAUGGAGAUUUUCAGAGAAGCUCUUCCACCCACGCAUCCCAGUAUGGCGAGUUCCUUCGACAAUAUCGCUUCGCUGUAUUACAGGAUGGGAGAGUACGCGACAGCAUGGGGAUUUUACGAGAAAGGACUUGAAAUCUAUCAAGAAACUCUUCCUCCAAAUCACCCUGAUUUGGCUACUUUGCACCAUAAUGUCGGUACUGUAUAUCACUGCAUUGGAAAGUAUUCAGAAGCGCUGUCACAUUUUGAACGUGCUCUAGACAUGUUCGAGAUUUCAGUGCAUGCAAACGAUUCUCGUCUCCAAAGUGUAAAACGGAAUAUCGAAACUGUAAAAAAGGAAUUAUAG